AUGUCUUAUAACAAGGAUAAGGAUUUCGCCGGUGAAGGCCCAAAAACCCACAAGAUCAGAAUCACCCUCACCUCCAAGAAGGUUGAGUCCCUCGAGAAGGUCUGCCGUGAGCUCAUCGAGCGUGCCAAGGGAAAGGAUCUCCGCAUCAAGGGACCAGUCCGUCUCCCAACCCAAACCUUGAAGGUUACCACCCGUAAAACCCCUUGUGGUGAAGGUUCCAAGACCUGGGAUUGCUUCGAGAUGAGAAUCCACAAGCGUCUCAUUGAUCUUAACGCCCCUACCGAGGUUGUCAAGCAAAUCAUCAUCAACAUCGAAGCUGGUGUUGAGGUUGAGGUUACCAUCGCUGCAUAA